AUGGGCUCGAUGCUAAACAAUCGUUUAUACGUUUUAUUCUUCAUUUCGCUUGCUUUGAGUUGGUCGCGGUCUCGUGUUUUGGAGAAAAGAAGGUUCGCGAUAGGGGAAGAGCUACCAGUGGAUAGUUUUCGAACGCAUGCUAUAUCCUUUGAAACCGACGCGCUCAACUCGGAAAUAUCUGCAUUGUCCGUUGGGAAGUCUAAGCCCUUGGUCAAGCUGCAGAAAUCGACCUUGAAAGAACCCAAAUUCUUCCCUCCAUAUGUCGGAGAAUUUGUUCACCCUCAAGUGGAGCACGCCGAUACUUGGACCUUACUCCAGACGGUCGGUCUUCUAUUCCCGGAUAGUAGACAGACAGAGUUUCUAUCUUUAUGGAGGACGGAUUUGGCAGGAUACGUGACUCACAAUAUACAGCAUAUCCAUGGUGUUGGCGCGUCAUUGGCAAAAGCGGUCAUUUCUAUCGGUAGUGAAAGACAACAUAUGGUAGAAACACUCUCUGGAUUCAUUGAAGGCAAUGGACCAUUGGUCAAGAAAGCUAUCAAUCUUUUUGAUCAGGUUUUAGAAAAAAGAGGAUCCUCUGGGGGUGCGGCUUUGUCGACCGGAGGGAUAGUCGGAGUUUCGCAAGGGGAUGUAAAGUUUUCGCUAAGGGAUGCUUUUGGAGAACAAGCGUGGAAGAGAGUAUCAGAAGCGUCUGAAGACGGUGAUAAGCUUCUGAAAAAACUGACGAUCUACGAUGAGAAUAACGUGCAACCUUCUUUGAUAAAAGGAGAAAUAAGUGAUCAAGAAUAUCAAAGGUUGGCGAACCUAGUGACAAGCCUACAACGUGCAAAAAAGGACAUCAAGACAAGCAUUGAUGUUUGGAAAAAGCUCAUGGAAGAAAACCCACAAACCGACGACUCAAUUGAAGCGUUGCGAAGCAUCAAAACACGUGUUCAUGGGUUGAUAGAAAACUAUAAACAAGACCUAAUCAGUGACACUGACAGUAUGGAGCAGUAA